CUUUCCCCAAGCAGCAGCCUAAUCUGCGUCAGCAGUAAUUGUGAGCCCGGCACGGCAUUUAUGGGGAGGGUGAGUGCAAAUGAUACAUCAAUAUGAGGUCUCAAACCAAGACUUAGAUGUUCCCUUUAAGUGGCUCCUCAUUUCCCGAAGCCAUAACAUGGGCUAAAGGUUAACUUGCCCAUUCUCUGUGGAGGGACAAUUCUUUUUUUUUUUAAAGGGGUGUUGGAAGAGAAGAAUGGAACAGGCUUGUUUCCUAUUUUGUCCUACCUAGAGAGCCUGAAUUUGCUUGGAUUCCCUGCUUUCAAUCUCUCUCUCUCUCUCUCUCUCGUGUGUGCAUACACACACUCACAUACACACGCGAGUGGAUUAUUUUGCUAAUCAGACUUCAGUGCAGCGGAGAUAAAAGAGAGAGAAUCUGUUGCCUAGAUAGGAGGCUUUAAUGAGCAGCUGCGCCCCUGGGGACAGCAAGCUGAAGUCGAAGGCUGCUGCUUUCCAGUCUCUUGUCAUUUCUUCACUUGGUCCUUCACCUCCUCUUCCCCCCCCCCCACUCUUUCGCCUCCAAUGGGCCUAAGGAAGGCAAACGGGAACUGUCCAAGGUGCUAGAAUGCUGGCUGCUUGGCUGCUGGAUGCAAGCGGAUUGCAGAAAAAGAGGAGCACCAGAUUACUGCUCAUAGCUGAAGGUAGGCUUGCUCUUUGUUUGAGAAUCCCUGAUUAAUCAACAACAGCAGCAACAGAGAGAGAGAGAAAGAGAGUGAAGGAGAGAGAGAAAGAAAGCUCCAGCCUGCUUGUAGUCAUGGGGAGAGAGUGAGAGAGACUAUUUGAAACCUUCGGUGUCUAGGUGGCAAUGAGAGUCAGCAAGACGGAGAGCAUCUUUUUUUCCUGCUGCAAGAAGCCAUUUGGAUAGGAUGUUUGCCAUCCUUUCUUUUUCUUUCUUUCGUUCUCUGCACUAUUCACUCCAAUGAGGCACCUUAGCCACUUCUCUGUCAUUGCAUAUGUUGGUGCUGCAAUCUUCUGCAUGGUGAAGUGGGGAAGAAACCCUCCCAUUUCUUUGCUGUUGGACUUCAAAACAGGAUGCCAUUGGUGCCCCCUUGAUACCUUCACUGCCCUUCCUCUCCAUGUGGAUUGAAGAUGCCAAGUCUCCUCUUUCCUCUGCUUAGUUCCAUUGCAUUUGUGACAGUCAAACUUUGAAAGGUUAUUUUUAAUCCUGUACUGAGAAGAUUUCUUUCAUUCCUUUUUUAUGGCAACCCACUGGUUUUGAGAAAUACAGAAUGCUACAAUCUGGAUAUCUUUGCCAAGAAGAUCUCAAGCACUUUAACUGAAGAAAAAAAUCAAAACAAAAACAAACCUGAGCCAAUCUGCAAAACCUGUUUUGUAUGGUGCUGAAAAUAUCCCUUCAGACUGCACUGAGAUAAACCCCAGGGAAGGGCUUUUACAGACAAAAGUCACCUUUAAUCAUUGCACUUAGCAGUCCCUUCAGGACUUUAAUCUUGGAAGUAUUUUGCUCUGUUUAUUAUCUCCCACAAGAUGAUGAGUUCUAAUCAAGAGGAGGUAACUUUGGGCACUUUUCUCCAGUAUAUUGAAGACAUGGGCAUGAAGGCCUAUGAUGGUUUGGUUAUACAGAACGCAUCCGACAUAGCCCGAGAGAACGAUCGCAUGAGGAAUGAAACAAACCUGGCUUACUUGAAAGAAAAGAAUGAAAAGCGCCGGAAACAAGAGGAAGCAAUAAAACGCUUAGGUGGUGAAGUGGUGAGAGGAAAUGAAGGAAGCUAUGUGGGCAAACACUUUCGUAUGGGAUUUAUGACAAUGCCUGCACCUCAGGAUAGACUGCCGCAUCCUUGUUCCAGUGGAUUUACCGUGAGAUCGCAAUCUCUUCAUUCUGUUGGAGGUACCGAUGAUGAAAGCAGUGGCUGCUCUCGAAAACAACCACCACCGAAACCGAAACGAGACCCCAAUACCAAAUUAAGCACAUCAUCUGAAACUGUAAAUGCUGGAACCACCAGUAAAAGUGGAAAGCUACCAGACAGAACUGAAGUGUCAGGCAAACAAAGGCCUCACAGUGAUGAAUAUACAAAGAAAGUUCCUCCUCCUAAGCCAAAACGGAAUCCAAACACACAGUUGAGUGCAUCUUUUGAUGAGACAUACAUUAAAAAACAUGGCUCCUUAAAGUCAACACUGAGUAGAGAUGCCUCCUUAUCACAGGUCAGCAGUCCUGCUCCUGAUACGGAGGAAGAUGAACCAGUUUAUAUUGAAAUGGUUGGAAAUAUACUUAGAGACUUCAAAAAAGAUGAGGAGGACCAAAGUGAGGCAGUUUAUGAGGAAAUGAAGUAUCCCAUCUUUGAUGAGGGUGGCCAAGAUUCAAAGUGUCCAUGUGAGUAUGACCAUCACAGCUGUUCCUCUCAGUGUGCUACUCCCACAGUGCCUGACCUUGAUUUCACCAAGUCCUCUCUGCCAUCCACUCCCAAGGGUGUGCUUUGUGACAUACCCCCACCAUUUCCAAAUUUGCUUUCUCACAGACCUCCACUCCUAGUGUUCCCGCCUGCACCAGUGCAGUGCUCCCCAAAUUCUGAUGAAUCUCCUUUAACACCACUGGAAGUGAUCAAGCUUCCUGUAUUAGAAAAUGUGUCUUAUAUCAAACAGCAAGCUGGACCUUCUCCAUCUUCACUGCCACCUCACACGCCAAGUCAUCAAAAACUGGAGAAAGACCAGACAGCAUCUCAUGGAACUAGUACUCCAGGGCACUCCUCUUCACCUCCUCAUCCUUCUACCUUAUACAGAACACAGUCUCCACACGGCUAUCCAAAAAGCCACUCUGCCUCUCCCUCUCCUGUGAGUAUGGGUCGGUCACUUACCCCCUUAAGUCUCAAAAGACCUCCUCCUUAUGAUUCUGUACAUUCAGGAAGUCUCUCAAGAAGUUCUCCAUCAGUGCCUCAUUCAACAGCCAGAAACAUAUUGCAAGAAGGAGGGAAAAUGGUAAACGUCACUGUCAAUACCUACGGGUCAUCUUCGCAGAGUAGUUCACGAUCCAGAACACCAACCAGUCCUCUCGAGGAAUUAACCAGCCUUUUUACCUCAGGCCGAAGUUUACUGAGGAAAUCCUCCAGUGGAAGAAGAUCUAAAGAGCCUGCAGAAAAACCAUUAGAUGAACUGAAGAUCAGGAGCCACAGCACUGAGCCACUACCAAAGCUGGAAAACAAAGAAAGAGGUCACCACGGGGCAUCUUCCAGAGAGCCAAUAAAAGCUCAGGAAUGGGAUGGGACACCAGGACCACCACUUGUGUCUAGCAGACUUGGAAGGUCUUCUGUUAGUCCAACCAUGUUGGCGGGAAAUAAUAGUUCGGUGCUACUCCUGUGCUGGUCCCAGAACACCAGAGACAAAAUAGAGCCGAAAGCAAGUUGCAGAUUGGGACGAUCUGCAUCCACAUCAGGUGUGCCUCCUCCCUCUGUUACUCCUCUCAGGCAAGCGAGCGAUCCACACCCGAGCCAGAAUCAAGCACACUGCACACCCAGUAGGAGAGGCAAGAAACCCACAAGAACAAGGAGAGAACAACCACUUCCACAGCCUAGUAGCGUAUACAAUAACAAUAAAGUGACGUGUAUGCAGUGGUUACAUGGCGAUCAUACAAUGCUGGAAAUGAUUGAGAAAAAACGUUGCCUCUGCAAGGAAAUCAAGGCACGGCAGAAGUCGGAGAAAGGACUUUGCAAACAGGACAGUAUGCCAAUCUUACCAAGUUGGAAGAAGAACACAGGGUCCAAGAAAUACAGUCCCCCUCCAUAUUCCAAGCAACAGACUGUUUUCUGGGAUACGGCAAUAUGAAAUGAACAUGAGGGUUUAUCUUCCACACGUCGCAAUGUGCACUGUCAGCCUACCUUCCUCAUAAGGCAGUAUCUGGUACCUAAUUUCAGGUGAAGGUCUACCUAGGAAUAAUGCUUACUGGAGUGGUAUCCACAUGUCAAUCAAGAGAGAAAUCUAUGUCUACCACGGAGCAAAGGCAUGCACAUUUUUGAGGAUUCUUUGCCUGAAGAAAAGUAGUAAAAUGUAAAUAUUUUGCCAAUCUCCUUUGGAAAAAAACAGAGUUAUUAUACUCUUUAUAAUGCAAACAUGUAAGAAGAAUUUUACUCAUAUACUGUUUUAAUGGUUUUCAAUGUGUUAUCUUUAUGCUUUCUUAAAAAAAGAAAAGAAGUUGUCUCACCUGCCUAAUUUUUCAGCCUAAAUCCAAAUUCCUAAUCCCAACUAGAGUUGCCACAUUGAAUCAGUUGCUAAAUGGCACAGCAACAUGUAUAUGUAUCCCAUUGAGUAGGGUUUGCUCAGGUUGGGACUAGCCAUUGGAUUCAGGCCUUAGUGUCUUUACAAAAGCAUGCAGUUGUACAUUUUUGGAUUAACAGUAAGUUGUUUGAAUCAAACUGGUGCUAGGGCUAUAAAUAUAUCAUUUGUUAGAAGAAUUUACUACAAACGCCUUUCAGCAGGGGCUGGACAGAACUGCAAAGAAUGCAGGUUAAACAGUAUUCACUUGGAAAUCCAAAAUACAUUAGCAAUGUGUUGUUCUGCACAUUUUAUGGAAAGUAUAUUUGCUAUUCUAUAAUUGUAUUAAUAGGGCAUCAGAAAUAUCAGCUGUUUACAAAGUAUGCUCUGCAACCUUCCUACAUCAGCUUCACCCACAUAGCUUACUAUUGCUUAACCAGGAUCACCAAGAGGCCCCAAUCCCAAAAACCUUGUAUAAGGAUUUUUACUACCUAACAGCACUUGGUACCUCUUAGAGGGAAUAUUUGGUAAAAGUGGGUUCUUACUCAUCCCACUCUCCAAAAAUGUUACCAGAACUGUCAACUAUGUUUAAUGGCCUUCAUUUCAGGAUGGGGACAUUUGAAAUCUUAAGGAACAUAAGUUUGUAUAAUAUAAAGGUAAAAAAUGGUGAAUGUCUUGAGUGAUGCUGAUAAACUAGGCUGGUUUAACAAGCAAACUAAAUUAACUGCAGAAAAUUUUAUAUUCAGUGGAGUAUUAUUCUUUCUUCUGUUCAGAUAAUUUGUGGAGACCAGGGUUCACUGUGACUAAGGACUGUACAUCACAUGAUUCAUUUAUUCUUUAUUCAUUUAGCAGGUUGAAAUUGUGAUAGUGCAGCUGUAUUUCCCAUCCUCAUUUGUCGUGGUCCCUGAAAGUAAGGUAACAAUCUGUUCACAAUGUUCAUAUUACUUCUGUAAUAUAUUGUAUUCUGUGUCCAAUUAGAAUGAGUUAAUGUUAAGUCUCACUAAAGUCAAUGGGAAAGGUUGACUUCAUCUUGGAAAGUUUGACCCUUUGAACUGGGUCUGUAAAGCACAUUUCUCUCAAGAGAUCAUUGUUGAAUUCCUGGUUGAUCCUGUAAUUGGGUCAUAGUCCUCUGUGACAUCACACCCAUCUAACUAGACAAUAUAAUGUCAUGACCAAAGAAUUAUGACCUCUUGGUUUUAACAGGAGAAAGAGAUGGUUUAUAUGCUGUACAUGAGGGUGAGAUCUGUGCAUUAAAGUAUCUUCCAGAAGGCACUGUGUAGGAUAAGAUUUUGAAAAAGAUCCAUAUUGCAGUAGAGUUGAUGUGAUCACAUAUAUUUUAUAUAUUAAAAUUUUUUAUCUAUGCUUCUAAAAGUUUGGUAGCAUGAAAAGGUUUCUCUUUUAAAAAUCAUUUAAAAUAUUAUAUUCUCAGAGAAGAAGAAAAUGUGUCAUUUGAAUUUAUUGUCAUAUUGGCUUUUUCUUUUAAAAUAAUAUUGACAGCAAUGCCACAAGUGUGAAUGCUGAUCAAUAAAACCAAAUAAAUAAAUAAAUUAGUGGGUUAUUUUGUAAUCUAUAUUGCUACAAUUGACUAUUACUUUAUCAAUAGUAGUUUCUUUCCAGACUGAAAUAAAAAAUAAAGUUUUUAAAUAUUUUAUAACUAAUGUAUAUUUUGAUGUCCAAAUUGAUGAUUUCUGUAUCAGAUUUUUAAAAAAGGUGGAAGUUUAUAAGUGUGAAUAGUAGCUAUUUAUGGAACGUUAUUUAUGUUUUAUCAGUGUAAGGACACAGGCACUCGUAUAUGUUCAAAUUGCCAUGAUGUGCAUAUGCAACAGCUGAAAGUGGUAUAUUGUUCAGUCGCUAAUGUACAGGUGCUCCCAUGACUCAAGAAAGAAAAUCAAGUACAAACAUUAUGGCAGAAAUCUUUAACUUUUGUAGGGAAAAAGUUAUAUGCAAAAGAAAAGGCCAUUCUUAAGAAAGAAAUAUGCUGAAAUUGCUACUUGGAGAUUUUGCAAAAUUUCUAGCUCUCCAAUCUGGAGACUUGACUGUGUGAAGUUUAGGAUAAGGCAGAGUUUUCAAAGGAUUGGUCCUUCUAAGAAUAAUCCUAUUUUUCUUUCUGCGUUUUAGAAUUCAACUAUGAUGAGAUGUACUUGAGCUUCAAAAGUCCUUGAGUCAGGGUGCAAAUAUUCAUAGUUUUAACAGUCACCUCAAAUAGAAAGCUAGUAUGGUACUGCCUGGAUUCUUUCUGUCUUGGAUAUUAGUCUCAGUUACAAAUAUACUCAGUGCUCCAUCCCUACUUCUACCCCAGGGGUCCUCAAACUUUUUAAACAGAGGGCCAGGUCACAGUCCCUCAAACUGUUGGAGAGCCAGAUUAUAAUUUGAAAAAAAAAACAUGAACGAAUUCCUAUGCACACUGCACAAAUCUUAUUUGUAGUGCAAAAAACACUUAAAAUACAAUAAUUAAAAUGAAGAACAAUUUUAACAAAUAUAAACUUAUUAGUAUUUCGGUGGGAAGUGUGGGCCUGCUUUUGGCUGAUGAGAUAGGAUUGUUGUUGUGUGGUUUAGAGUCGUUUCAGACAGGUUGACCCUGAGCGAGGGCUGGGUAAAUGACCUUGGAGGGCCAUAUCCGGCCCCUGGGUCUUAGUUUGAGGACCUCUAUUCUACCCAACUGCUUGCUACAAAAUCUAUCAUCUCUCCAACCUUUGUAUUUUCCCAUCAUUCACUUCCUCCACAAUUGAACUUCUAUGGCUCUCCUCCUAUUAAGAAUGAAAAUAAUAUUCAAAAUAUUCGCAAAAUGGCUAAAAAAAUCAUGUUUUUAGAAUGUGGAGAAAACUUGAUGAGAAAACCCCUAGGCUUAUGAGACUCUGUUGUAGUUCAGAAAUAAUUCUGUACAAAUUUGCACAUGGCUGGUUUAUGCAGGAAAUAGCAUUUUCCACACAACAAAUAAUGUUCAACACAGGAAACAAAAUAGCCAUUUGAGAUUUUGUGCAGAAUACCCUUUGCAAAGGUUUCAAAGGCUUUCACUCAUUGGGAAGAAAAAUGUUAGUUACUUCUUGCUUAAAGAGGAACUAAGUGAAGAUUUAUAUUCCUGCCUCCUAUUCACUCCCACAUGGUCACAUGGACAGGAAUAGACCUGGAGGGGAAACACAUCUGUAUGCAUCCAAGAUGGAAAGGACAAAAGUUUGUUUCUUCACACUCCCUUCUGUAGUAAUUGGCUCAAAUUAUCUUGAAGCAAAUCUUAUGUUCUGUAAAACCUCAAUGACCCACAAGCGAGGUCCCUGUUUCACCUCCUCAAUAUUUCCUAUUUAUCUUGUUAUCAAUGGAACUGUCAGCAAGAGAGAGAAGGUUUUCCCAUGCAUUCGUCUUUGUUAUGGUGCUGUUAUUAACAGAAUAAUGACCAACCAACUAGGAGCACUAGAAAAUGUACUAUUCUAAAUGGCCAUUAAGGAGCCCCCGGUGGCGCAGUGGGUUAAAGCACUGAGCUGCUGAGCUUGUUAAUCGAAAGGUCACAGGUUCGAUUCCAGGGAGCGGCAUGAGCUUCCACUGUCAGCCCUAGCUUCUGCCAACCUAGCAGUUCGAAAACAUGCAAAUGUGAGUAGAUCAAUAGGUACCGCUCCGGCGGGAAGGUAACAGCGCUCCAUGCAGUCAUGCCGGCCACAUGAACUUGGAGGUGUCUACGGACAACGCUGGCUCUUCGGCUUAGAAAUGGAGAUGAGCACCACACCCCAGAGUCAGACAUGACUGGACUUAAUGUCAGGGGACUACCUUUACCUUUACCUUAAAUGGCCAUUAUACAUAUCAAGAGUAGUGAAAAAAUGGCAAUUCUUGAGUAUGUGUGGCUAUGUCAGAAGCACAUAUUUGCUGCUACAGAGAGGUUUCCCUCUUCCCACUAGAAACCACCAGCCAUAAAUUGAUUUGAUGGAAUGGGGUUUGGAAGAUUAUAGGAGAAAAUGAUGGGAUUGGGCUCCACUGAUCUCCAAGUCAAGGUUUGAUGGCUCCUUUACAACAUAGAUUUGACUCAGGAUAAUUUUAGCUAUUUCCCUAUUUUAGAAAUUCAAGGCAGUCUGGGAUUUUAAAAUGUACAUCCCUUUGGAAAUACUACCCAUGAUAGAAAGACAUAGGUAAUUACUCCAUAAGCGGGGGAUAUUCCUACUCCUGAUUUUACAGGUAAUCUCCCAUCUAGCAUUGUUAGAUGGAGGUUGGUAAGUGACCCAAGAAAAAUCAGCUAAGAUUUGACCUUUUCUUUAAGGAAAAUUAAAAUUCUACUGGUUUUAAAAUUCUACUGGUUGCAUGUUUAACAUCAUAAAGUCCUUAGCUGCAUAAAGCAAUUUUUAUUUAAGCGCAUAGAAAACAAACAAAAGACAAGCCUUGAGUAGGUCAUUGUUACCAAGUGUCUUAUACUAGCAAUGUAACCAGCACUGCACAGUUUAAUCAGUUACUAUCAGUUUCAUUAUUGUGAAUCCAUAUAAAUGAAUUCUGGGAUUUUUAAUUUAGUGACCUGCUUAGAAUUAUUUCCAGUAGAACUCUAUAUAACUUCCUUGAUCUGCAGUUCACAAGACAGUGAGAAAGGGGAUUGAAUCAGGGUACUUGAUUUAUAUAUAUGGAAUAGGGCAGUUCAAGAGAUACCACAUAGAUCUAACUGUGUAGUGAAGUUAUACUUAGAGUUUCCAACUUUAGGCCUAAAGUGUCCAGCGAAACAAAUGUUCCCCACCGCUAGUUUGGAAAAGAUCCCAAUGACCAAGUCCACUGAUUUAAACUAGCAACAGUAAUUUUGUCAUUCUGAGGUUAUACAGUUUCGUAUUUGUGACUGUCCGUGAUACAGAUAAGCACCCAAGUUGAAUGAGCAUGGCUGGUCAUCACAUUUAGCUGCCAGAGGCAAAAAAGCCAGAUGUUACCUCCUCUCGAUUGACAUACAAAAGCCAUUUGGACUGGUAAUAAAAUAUUUUUAAUAUGAGUGACAACAUUCUUCACCACACCAGAAGGCAACAAGAGA